UUUCCUUGACGUAAUUCUAAUCAUACGUUGCCUUAAAUUAAAGCAAGAAUCUAGUCAUGAAGUGUGUUUCUCUCGCCGUUUUGGUCAUAUUUGGCCUGAAUUUGGUUUGUGGAGAAGAGGAAGAAGCGUCUUUCGACCUUAAUUAUGACACUGCUUCAUUCGUGGAAGAAAUAGGCAAAGGAGAUCAUUUUGUCAAGUUCUUUGCCCCGUGGUGUGGCCACUGUCAGAGGUUAGCACCCAUUUGGAGUCAGCUGAGUGAAAAAUAUAACAAACCAGAGGACAGCACCGUUACCAUUGCGAAAGUGGAUUGUACAGAAGAGACCAAGCUAUGCUCUGAACACGGCGUCACUGGAUACCCCACCCUCAAGCUUUACAAGAAAGACAAAGAACCUCUCAAAUACAAGGGCAAGCGAGACUUUGCCACAUUAGAUGCAUACAUAGAGAAAGAGCUGAAUCCACAGGAAGCUGAUGUUCCCCAGGUCCCUGCAGCAAAGAAUGGUCUCUACGAGCUAACCGUAGCCACCUUCAAGGAUCACGUAGCUAAAGGAAACCAUUUCAUCAAGUUCUAUGCCCCAUGGUGCGGCCACUGCAAGCGACUUGCCCCGACAUGGGAUGACCUUGCCAAAGGGUUCCAGCAUAGUGACAUUGUGACCAUUGCUAAGGUUGAUUGUACAGCACAUAGAGCAGUCUGUGAUCAGUAUGGAGUCAAGGGCUAUCCAACCCUCAAGUUCUUCACGGACGGAGAAGCUGUUGAAUCUUACAAGGGCGGGCGUGACCAUGUUGCCAUGAAGGAGUAUGUCAGCAAGAUGACCAAGGGUGCAGAAGCCGCACCCCUCCCCGGCUCAGAGGAGGCUAUCAAGGUGGUACCUGUGAGAGAGGAACCCGCUGGGGGGGAACAACCAGCUGUUGAAUCCAAGGUUGUGGUUUUGUCAACGAAUAAUUUUCUGACACAGACAGCAAAAGGCACAUCUCUUGUAAAAUUCUAUGCACCAUGGUGCCCACACUGCCAGAAGCUAGUACCUGUAUGGGAUGAACUGGCUGAGAAGUUUGAUAGCAGGAAAGAUGUGACUAUCGGCAAUGUGGACUGUACGGUCGAGACAGAGAAACCUCUGUGCAAGAAACAUGCUAUCGAAGGCUACCCUACCCUUCUUCUCUUUAAAGACGGGGAGAUGGUGGAGAAACACUCUGGCACCAGGACAUUGGAAGCGCUAGAAACCUACCUCAAAGCUAAGCUGCCAAAAGAAGAGUUGUAGAAGAAUUAUCAAGACCCUUUCCCUCCCUCCCUCUGUCCGUUUGUUUGUUUGUCCAGUAAAAGCAGUGUAAAGCACUUAGAGGUGAUAUUUUAUAUAUUAAGGGGUAUAUAAAUGCAG